AUGCACAUCAUCAAGCCUGCGUGGCUGAGCCACAGCGGCGAGCAAAAGGACUUUGAAGUCUACAGCUGCCACGUCUCGUCGGACGGAAAGCGACUCGCGACGGCCGGCGGCGAUGGCCAUGUGCGCAUCUGGUCGACCGAGGCCAUCUACAGCGCAAACGACGGCAGCUAUUCCAAGUCGCGACAGCUGUGCCACAUGAGCCACCAUCUUGGCACCAUCCACUCCGUGCGCUUCUCUCCCAAUGGGCGUUACCUGGCCAGCGGCGCCGAUGACAAGCUCAUCUGCGUCUACCACCUCGACAAGGGCCCGCCCGCCGCCACCUUUGGCACCAACGAGCCGCCUCCCGUCGAGAACUGGAAAACGUACAAGCGACUCAUUGGCCAUGAAAACGACGUCCAGGAUCUCGCCUGGUCCGUCGACUCAUCUCUCUUGGUCUCUGUUGGCCUCGACUCAAAGGUCGUGGUCUGGUCCGGACACACGUUUGAGAAGCUCAAGGCCAUCCCUGCCCACCAGAGCCACGUCAAGGGCAUUACCUUUGACCCGGCAAACAAGUUCUUUGCGACGGCCAGCGACGACCGAACCAUCAAGAUCUUCCGCUUCACCGCCCCCGCUCCCAAUGCGACGCAGCAUGACAUGAUCAACAACUUUGUCCUCGAGACCACCAUAAGCUCGCCCUUUAAGAGUUCGCCCCUGACGACAUAUUUCCGACGAUGUUCGUGGUCGCCGGACGGGAACCACAUUGCUGCCGCCAACGCUGUGAACGGACCCGUUAGUUCUGUCGCCAUCAUUGAGCGUACGCGCUGGGAGAGCGAAAUCAACCUGAUCGGACACGAGGCUCCGACAGAGGUCUGCAUGUUCUCGCCCAGACUGUUUCACACAGUCAAGCCCGACCAAAACGGGACUGCCAACGGGCAUGGAGGCCAGCUAGUCACUGUCAUUGCCUCUGCGGGCCAAGACAAGACGCUCAGCAUCUGGAAUACCAACACUUCGCGUCCAGUGGUAAUCUUGCAAGACCUGACUGGCAAAUCAAUAUCCGACUUGGCUUGGACUCCCGACGGCCAAACUCUUUUCGCGUCCAGUCUCGACGGCGGGAUUGUCGCCGUCAAGUUCGAUGAGGGGGAGCUGGGCUGGGUUGCCCAGCCCGAGGAGAACGUCAAGGCUCUUCAAAAGUACGGAGCCUCGAGAAAAGGGAUGGGAAUCGCCGAAGAUGUGGACGGCCUGAUGCUGGAGACUCACAGCAAAGCGGGAGAGUCUAGGGCAGCCGAGUCACGGAUGGGCGCUCUCAUGGGCGACUUUCAGUCAGACACAAAAGAGUCGACGCCGGCGACAAACGGGACCAAGUCUGGGGCGCCAUCGACCAAGCCCGCCUCGACGGUCAACGACGAGGCGGAGCCUGAGAAGCCGCCUGAAGAGCGCUCGGACAAGGUCGCCGAGCGGGUCAAGGAACUCAAGUCUCGGGUUACGGUUGGGAAGGACGGCAAGAAGCGCGUUGCGCCGCUGCUCGUUUCGUCGUCGGGAACCGGGCAGUCGUCGUUGCCCCAGACGCAGCUGGUUGGCUCAACCGCCACCAAGACGGCGCAGAGUGAUGCUCCGCAGACGACGCUGGACCUGACGAAGCCGUUUGAAGGGUUGCCCAAGGGGGGGAUUGCUUCCAUGCUGCUGGGAAAUAAACGGAAAAGCGCCAUGGCGGACGCCGAGGACGAGGAAGAGCCGAGUUCCAAGCGCGCAGUCUCUGGGCCAACGCCCGUCGUCGCCGACGGCCCCAACGGCGUCGAGUCGGUUGCGCUGACACCGGUGCAGAACGGCGUCGUUCCGACCCCCGAGUUCCUUCGCCCCGCCGUGCUCAACCCUGCCAUAUCAUUUGCGCAAGUCAGGCUGGCUGUGCCCAAGAUCAGGACCCAUAUCCUCAGGCCUCUCGAGCGAGGCGUUUUGCAAGCCAACGGCUCGCUCGACGAUGCCUCCAAGGUCCCAGAGAACAUCAUCAUGGAGGAAUUCUUGCCACGGGCCAUUCUUCUUGUGACGGGCAACAAGUAUUUCUGGGCUGUUGCGUGUGAGGAUGGCUCUAUGCACGUCUGGAGUCCCGCCGGGCGGCGGCUCCUCAACCCCAUGAUCCUAGAAUCCCAGCCCGUCAUCCUCGAGUGUCGCGACCGCUGGCUGCUAUGUAUCACAGCGGCCGGGCUGGCCCACGUCUGGGAUCUCAGGAGACAAUCGUCCCCCCACCCGCCCGUCUCGCUUGGCCCGAUUCUGGACAUUGCAACCACGUCGCUGAACCAGCACACGGCCACGUCGGGGCUUGGAGUGACGUCUGCGCACCUCAACUCGACGGGACACAUUGUCGUGGCGCUCACAAACGGCGAUGGAUUCUUCUACGCCCGGGAAAUGUACACUUGGCAACGGUUGAGCGAGGCAUGGUGGGCCGUCGGCUCUCAGUAUUGGAACUCGAACGACUCGUCCAUUUCGGCGCUGCAGUCGACAGCAGUAGGGCCUGUGGAUGGCAAGGAAAAGACUCUGUCUGGCGCCACGGUCUCGUCUGGCAUCAUACCCUUCCUGGAGCGACAUACGACCAACGAGUUCCUGCUCAAGGGUCGUGCCUAUGCGCUCCAGCGCAUCAUCAAGGCGGUCAUUCAACGGAAAGAGGCCGAGGACCUGGAGAGCGCGGUGAGCAUUGCGCACUUGGAGAACCGCAUGGCGGGCGCAAUGCAACUCGGGGCGAGGGAGGAGUUCCGGUUGUAUUUGUUCAUGUACGCGAAGCGACUCGGGGCCGAGGGGGCCAGGACCAAGGUCGAAGAACUGCUGAAUAGCCUGAUGGGGGGGAUCCUGCGGGAAGCCGUGACGGGCGACGAGGACGACCGAGGUUGGUACAGCAAAGGAGACGAGAUUUGCGGGUGGGAUCGCAAGGAGCUGCUCAAGGGCGUGGUGCUGAUUCUCGGUAAAUAUCGUGAGCUUCAGCGGUUGACGUCGCAGUAUGCCAGGGUGCUGGGCCUGAGCCUCGAAGAUGGAUCCGUCGACGUCGAGUCGAUGGAUGUGGAGACAUGA